GGGGGCGGUGACUUGACCACCCCGGGACUCGGCCUCAGUUCGACUCGGGAAUCGGUGCGGUUCAGUUCGCAAAUGCGCGCCAAAGCACUUGACAAUUAUGUAAAAUCCGAGAAACACGCUCGCAAACAAAUAAAACAAACAAAAAAAUGAAUAAACUCGUGGUACCAUAAAACUAAGCCCAACAACAACAAAAAACACUGAGAAAACUAAGAAAAACUAAGAGAAAAGUGACAAGUGGAAAGAGAAAACUCUCGAAGAAUAAGAAAAGCAGUAAACAAACGAAAACUCUUGGCCAAGUGCUAGCAAUUAAAAAUAAUUUACAAUCUGCUAACGAACAAGCACAAGUGAGUGGGUGAGAGAGGGAAUAACGGAAACCCCCGAAAACUCGUAACUCGAAUGUCGCGCAAAAUGUUGCAAGUGCCGGUGGCAGCGUUCGUGUUGCUGUCGCUGCUGCAGAUUGCCGAUGUUGCUGCCGCCGCGGAUGCACUGGGAACAGAUGCAGCAUCACUAGCUGUCACUACAUCGGGCACAGGAACGGGAACGGGAACGGGAGCGAUGACAACCGGAAUCGAUCCGAGUCUGAAGAACGCCCGGCUGAUUGAGGCCAAAGUGCUGCCCGACCUGGCCAACCUGCAGCGCACUCAGGAGGAUGAAAAGUGGCAGCAGGUCUUUCGCUUCAUCGAUGAUGGUUUUCCCGUCCUCGAACUCUACGAUUACAAGCCAAAAUCAGACAUUCCCUACACAUUGAUUGUGCCCAAAAUCGAUGUGCGGAGCAUUGAGAAGCCGCGGCUAAAGGAGUUCAUGUUGGAACACUUGGUGCCCGGAAAGAUCUUCGACAGCUAUAGUACGGUCAGCGGCAAAUCCGAGGAGCCGGAGGAGUCCUUUGGCAAUGGGAACGGACACAAAAUCGUUUUCCGUAAAUUGGAAAAAUCCCACAACAAUGUUUGGCUACUCAAUGGUCAGCAGAUACUCCACAAGCUGCGUAUCAAUGAGAACCUGAUGGCCAUUGCAAUUGAUGGUUAUUUGGGUGAUAGGAAGUCGCCCUACUCCAAGCGCAACAUACAGGAAACGAACAACCGCAACAAUGACCCUCAGCCUCUGGAGCAGCCGAACAUAACGAAUGCACACGCCAAGGUGGAACCCAUUAUCAAAGAGUCGAAGGCCAGUCCACUGAUGUCUUUCCUGGCCAACAUGAAGACGGGAACCAAGGUAUUCCAGCACUUUCUCUCCAAGAGUAACCUCACCCGCAUCAUGGACGACAAUGCCUACACGGUGCUGAUACCCUCGGACAACGCCUUCCAACGCUGGCAUCCCAUCGACUGGGGCUUCUAUCCAUUCUCUGUCCCGGAGUUCACCGAGUCGGUGCUCCGCAAUCACUUUCUGCCCAUGCAGCGACCCCUGCGGCUCUCCGAUGUCCGGAAUGUGGACGAGCUCGUUGUCCACACCAUGGGCGGUGAGGAUGUCGUCUUCCAUGGCCAACCCACGCCCACGGUGAAUAAUGUGAGCAUUAUGUCCGACUACAACCUCUCCAAUGGCAAUCAGGUGUUCAUUAUCUCGGAGGUGCUCUUCGUUACCGAGGCUGUGGUCUCCAAAUUGCAUCAGAUGCACAAGGACAAGGAGACACCUCCUUUGCUGGCCUUUCCCUGGUUUGGUGCACAAUUUCUGUCCCAUUCAUUUUUGGCCCUGGAAAGAGAUCCCAGAUUUUCCCAGAUAACUAGAUAUCUAAACAAUGCUGAGAUUGCUCCCCACAUUUCGGGAGCCAACUACACGUUCUUUGUGCCGGAAGAUCGGGCCUUUGAGAAGCUGGGUUUCGAUAAAUUAUCUGAUGAAGUUAUGGGCUCUCAGCGUGGCGUUAAAAUGCUACUCAAUCACUUUGUUAAGGGACGCCUCUAUAAUCGCGAUUUGCGGGAUAAUGAGGUCUUUGAGACCAUUGGUGGUGGCCACAUAAAGAUCACCCGGAAUCCGGGCAGCAACUAUACCAGUGUUAAUAACGCCCAGAUUACCGAGAGCGAGGUGUUUGUCUAUAACCUGGGCACCAUGUAUUAUCUGGAUGACAUACUGUACUCCCAUAUGCUGCGUGAUUUUGUCAGCAAAUCGACCAAGACGAGAUCCAAUCGACAUGGUAGUGACUCUGGCGGAGGAUCAAGGAGCACCUCCCGUCCCAGUGACGUGGAGAUUGUACCGAAUGAGUUUGAGAGUGAGCACAAUGGCGGCGACUAUGCCAUCCAUGGCGAUGACGAGGACUUUGAGGAUGAGAUCAUCACGCCCAAGGCGCUGCCCGUCCAGAUCUACGAGUUGCCCAAGUAGAGAGCAAUAAACUAGAUCUUGAACUUGAAAGGUGGUGGCUCAAUGUCAGGAUAUAUAUCGAGCUGUAGAAGGCGAAAAUAACAUGGGAGAGACUUGAUUUGGGAAUUUUAAGAAAAUAUUUUAGUUAAAUUGAAAGAACUAAAUUAAUCAGAACUUUAAAUUAAUAUUUUCCUUUAAAAAAAGUCCAAGUUUUCCAAUGAAGAUGUGUUAUAUUCGCAGGUUAGUAAACAGCUGAUGUGUGUAUAAUUUUUUUGCAAAUUGAUCUGGGUUUAAAAACAUAAAUGAAAGACAUCGAGAAAGGGAAACGCUUAAAGCGUUCUUUUUGUAUAGUUCUGGGCUAAUUUUUUAAAGCAUUUCUCUAGUUUAGUUCUUAGUUCUUCGUGUAUAUUUUAAGUUUAGCAUUGAACGAGGCGAGGUGAAACGAAGUACGAAUGAGUAUACUAAAUAAAAUCAUCAGAUUCAACCGAAACAACCGAAAAAUGAGCAAGAAAUAUAUAUAUAUAUAAAUAUAUAUAUAUGAAACCUAAUCCUAAAAGAACUUAUCAGCGAUUUAGACAAAAACAAAGAAAAGCUUGUAGACACUACAAAAAAUUUACUACAAAAUAUUUAACGCGAGUAAUUCCAUAAUAUUCGACUUAGAGGCAGGAUGAAAAAUUUCAAAACAAAAAAUAAAAGAAAAUGAAAAUAUAAAUCAUAUACGUAUACUAUUUGCAAAUUCAAUUAGCGCUCAUCAUCAACCGUGUUUAUGCUUUUUUUAAGUCUAUAUAGCGAAAACAUAUCGGCUACACAUCGGUGGAAAUUAAUUCGGAUCGAGGAGGAAGGAGCAAGGAGCAAGGAGCGGGCAAGAUAUAUCUAUAAAUACUCGUACUAUUACGAACAGAUAUUGUAUUUUUUAAUUUAAUUAUAUUGAUAUUGAUAUAUGAUAUUUAAUGUGUAUCUGUGUAUAUGAACAACAAAAGCAAUGAGAACGGAGCAUCCAAUUUUAUAAUAGUUUGUUAAAAUAAAAACAAAAACCUUCCACAA